CCGCUCGCCCGCGUUGUGGGGGCGAGCGCUGCAGACCUUGGCAGCGGGCGGAGCAACCCAGUCGGGGUUCGGUCGCGCCUUCACACCUCGGCUGUCUGUCGGUCGCCACGGCUCCGGGCGUUUGGCGGCGAGUUAACGAGUUUAAAAAUCCGGUUAAGCCAGGAAAGCCGACGCGGAAUCUCUCCGACCCCAGCCCUCGCGCGCGGGGCCGAGAAUGCCGCUCAAACUCUUCGAAGUUUGAGCCUCGCUGCUCUCCGUUUUCCGACGCCGGUGUGGACGCAUUCCCGCGCUUUCGGGCGUGAGGGGUCAGAGGGCGCGCCGCUGCGCAGGCGCAGGGAGCCGAGGCUGCGGCGGCGGCCAUGAGCGAGGCGGGCGGCGCUGAGGAGGCCUUCCGGCACGUGGGGACUAAAGAGGAGUUCGUUAAAGUCAGGAAGAAGGACCUGGAACGGCUGACGACCGAAGUCAUGCAGAUCCGGGACUUCUUACCCCGAAUACUAAACGGGGAAGUGCUGGAAAGCUUCCAGAAAUUAAAGAUUGUAGAAAAAAAACUGGAAAGGAAAGAGCAAGAAUUAGAGCAACUGAGAAUGGAUUGUGAGCACUUCAAAGCCCGCCUAGAGACCAUGCAGGCUGACCGCAUGAGAGAGAAGAAGGAGAAAAUUGCUCUUCGACAGCAGCUGAAUGAAGCAAAGCAGCAACUCCUGCAGCAGGCAGAAUACUGUACGGAAAUGGGAGCAGCAGCCUGCACCCUUUUGUGGGGCGUCUCCAGCAGUGAGGACGUGGUCAAAGCCAUUCUGGGAGGAGAUAAAGCUUUGAAGUUUUUCAACAUCACUGGUAAAACAAUGGAGAGUUUUGUGAAGUCACUGGAUGGGGAUGUCAAGGAGCUUGAUUCCGAUGAAAAUCAGUUUGUGUUUGCUUUGGCUGGGAUCGUAACAAAUGUUGCUGCCAUAGCAUGUGGUCGCGAAUUCUUGGUUAACUCAAGUCGGGUGCUGUUGGACACCAUACUGCAGCUUCUGGGAGACCUGAAGCCAGGACAGUGUACCAAACUCAAAGUGUUACUGCUGAUGUCCCUGUACAACGUGAGCAUCAACCUAAAAGGCUUGAAGUACAUCAGCGGGAGCCCGGGAUUCAUCCCGCUGCUGUGGUGGCUUUUGAGUGACCCGGACGCAGAGGUGUGUCUUCAUGCACUGCGACUCGUCCAGUCUGUGGUCCUGGAGCCAGAAGUCUUCUCCAGGUUGGCCUCCGAGUUCUGCAGCUCCUUGCCCCGGCAGCUCAUCCUGGCAAUGGCCAAGAGCCGCAACCCGCACCUGCAGACCGUGGCCCAGGAGCUCCUGGAGGACCUCCGUGCCCUGGAGCGUGAUGCAUAGGGGCACUCGGUGUGUCCCUUCCCCUCCCCCAAGCCCCCACUUUGUGUUCUGAAACCAUCACCGUGCGCCAUGUGUUAUAGAUGGUAGAAUGUGAGUGACUCGAGAGGGAUGUGAAUGCAUAUGUAUCCACACAACUUCCUCCUGGAAGGGAAAGUACCUGUGGGUGGCUGGUUAGCCUGGCCAAGGGGCAGCCUGAGGAAGAAUCCAUCCUUCUGGAAAGGCCCAUGUCCUGUACCUGGAAGAGGGCCGUCUUCGAGUGGCUUCUGCUGCUCAGUAGAGUGGGUUCCCCUGCACAAAGGGGAUGAAAUAACCACCUGCCCCGUUGGUCAGCAUUUUCCUGAGAUACAUGUUUUGAAAAACAAUUCAUUCUCUCUCUAGUAAUUAUAAUUAAUACCCUAAAAUUCAAGUUUACCUUUAAACCUUUUGGUGAACCUGCUAUUUCAGGUGACGUUGGACAUUUUGGUUCUAUUUUUUUGUGCCUGUUUUAUUUUUGAAUAAAGAAAGCCAGAAGAGUUAUCAAUGUACACAACUACUCUUUUCUGAAAU